AUGGAGGAAUUUUCGGAAGAGACUCAGAGCCCCCCAGAAAGAGGAAAUUCGGUGGAAUUCGUGGCGAGUGUGGAGCAAACCGAGCAACCAUACACGCCAAAUCCCAUGAAUUUCCAAAAAAAUCGCCCAAAUGCCGCACAAAAGAAGAAACCGCAGGCGCGAGUGGUACAAACUUACCCGCAUGGCACUAUAAACGAUGCGAUUGCACCGCCCAUGUUUGCUACGAUGAAAGAAAUGACGGAAGAUUUUUGGAUAACGAGAAAACGGAAAAUGGAGGCGUUGGGUCUGGAGGAAAUGCGAACGAAAUCGAAGAAUAUGAGUGUUCCCAUGGCUAGAGUCAAGAAAAUUAUGAAAAUCGAUGAGGAUGUGCAUCAUGUUUUCGUCGGCUCUGAUGCUCCAAUCUUCAUGGCUCAAGCGGCUGAAUUCUUUAUCGAAGAAAUGACAGCAAUGGGAUGGCAACACGUGAAUGAGGCACGUCGUCGUAUCCUUCAGAAGGCCGAUAUCGCGACGGCCGUCCAAAAAUCUGAACAAUUCGAUUUUCUAAUCGAUUUUCUCCCGGCGAAACAAGCGGAAACCACAGAUUUUCAGUCAAAAAGACGGAAUUCUACGACUCAAAAAGCUGGUUGGAAUAGUGGGCGGAGCGUCGUGGAGAAGCCACGCCCACUCCCACCGAAAGCCACGCCCCCUACAGUAGUACCGAUGUUCCAAUGUAUUCAGAAUGAAACGGAAAGGGGUACGGUAGAAUAUCAGAUUAUACAAACGAAUUCUGAUUUGCCGUCGACGUCAUCUGCUGGUGGAACGACGUCUUCUAAUGAAUCGAAUCAUGGAUUUGUGGCGCCUAUACCGAAAGUGACAAGAAAAACGACUUAA